AUGUCCACCGCGAUCCCGUAUUUUUCCACGAUUACUGUUCUUAAUGGCUCGAGGGCCGCCGUUCUUCAUGAGGUAGUCCCUACCUUCCUGACGCUCACAGUCACCAGGUCUUCGAUUGAACAGGUCACUGUCAUCCCACUAGGUAACGGCGCGGCCGCCACCAGGACAGCUGCGGAGCCGAGCGUGGUAGCUCUGCCGACGGAAGAGAGUGCCGCAUCCACCCCAGCGAGCUCAAGCACUGGGAUUUCGGACACCGCCAUAAUCGUCAUAGUUGUCAUACUAGUAAUCUCCCUCAUACUCUUCGUUCUCUGCUGCAUAUGCAAGGCCCAACGAGGCAAGAACCGGUCCAGGGUCCAUAGCUUCCGCUGCUCCGGGCCUUGCUGUCGCAGAGUAGGGCCGCCCGGUCACGCUGGACCACAGGGACCUCAGGGGGUUCCUGGACCGCAGGGGCCGCCGCCCAGGGGCCCGGGGGACCAGCUGGUCCUACAGGCGAGGCCGGUAAACAAGGUCCGCCGGGUGUUCAAGGACGUCCGGGACCACCCGGCCAAGACGGUCUACCCGGACGCACUGGCCAGCAAGGCAUCCCUGGCGCAGCAGGUCGCGAUGGUAGGGACGGCCGUGACGGGCAAAGUGGGGCCGACGGCAGGCACGGCAAAGACGGCGACAGGGGCGAAAAAGGGGCGUCUGGAAAAGAGGGCCCCCGCGGAGAGCGAGGACCGCCGGAAGGGCCCGCUGGUGAGAAAGGGGAGAAGGGCGAAAAAGGAGAGGAAGGAGGGAAAGGAGACCAGGGAGAUAGAGGGUACUGCGGGAAGCGUGGUUGUUCGGGACCGAAAGGUGAUGAAGGGCCCAGGGGUCCAAAGGGCGAUCGCGGGCCGCGUGGAAAUCGAGGUGGAGGCCACUCAGGAUGUUGUUGUAGCUGCCACCAUCGCUGUGAGUCGGACGGCAGCUGUUGAAGAAGUGAUGGAUCGAAAUCCGGGCGCCGUCCCGUCAGUAAUGACUCCAGGAGUUCUGGGAAGGAAACGUGCUGGAGAUAGGCGUAAGAGACUCGUGUUCAUUCUCCUUCUGCACUUGCAGCAAUAA